AUGGGAAGCGUGGGUUUCAUUGUAGGCGUUCUAGAUGCAGAUUGGAAGUGGCCUCUCAUUGCGGAUUCAUGGUCUUUAUAUAGUACUAGGUCAAGCAUAGAAGACAGAAUAAUGCCGGCUUGGUACCAACGGUUUGCAGAUUAUGUGGCAUCCAUCGGAUUCACCCACAGCACCGUUGAUCAUUCUUUAUUCAUAUACCGCCGAGGUACAGACACUGCUUAUAUUCUUCUUUAUGUUGAUGACAUCAUUCUUACGGCUUCUUCUGAUUCUCUCCGUAAGUCUAUUAUGGCACUUUUGGGUGCUGAAUUUGCUAUGAAGGAUCUUGGUCAUCUUAGUUAUUUCUUGGGCAUUGCUGUUACUCGUGAUGCAAAUGGGCUAUUCUUAUCUCAAAAACAGUAUGCUAAAGAAAUUCUGGAACGGGCAGGUAUGUCACAUUGUAGUCCGUCCCCCACACCUGUCGACACCAAACCGAAGCUUAGUGCUUCGAAUGAUGCUCCAUUUGAUGAUCCGACUAAAUACCGCCAACUCGCUGGUGCUCUCCAGUAUCUCACAUUCACUCGGCCAGAUAUAUCUUAUGCAGUUCAACAGGUGUGCCUUCAUAUGCAUGACCCUCGUAUUGAGCAUAUGACUGCUCUCAAGCGCAUUUUGCGCUAUGUCCAGGGAUCUAUUGAUUUUGGUUUACAUCUCUAUAAGUCUAGUGUUGGCAGCUUGAUUUCGUAUACAGAUGCCGAUUGGGGUGGUUGUCCGGACACUAGGCGAUCCACCUCCGGUUAUUGUGUUUUCCUUGGUGACAACUUAAUAUCAUGGUCUUCGAAACGACAGCCAACCCUCUCCCGUUCCAGUGCCGAAGCCGAGUACCGAGGUGUGGCUAAUGUGGUCUCUGAGUCUUGCUGGAUCCGGAAUCUUCUUUUGGAACUCCAUAACCCGGUCCCUAAAGCGACGCUUGUUUAUUGUGACAAUGUAAGUGCGAUAUACUUAUCAGGUAAUCCAGUUCAGCAUCAGCGCACUAAACACAUUGAGAUGGACAUUCACUUUGUCCGGGAAAAGGUUGCCCGUGGUGAGGUCCGAGUUCUUCAUGUUCCAUCCCGAUAUCAGAUUGCCGAUAUUUUUACAAAAGGGCUUCCGCGCGUACUAUUUAAUGAUUUUCGGGACAGUCUAAGCGUUCGCAAACCUCCCGCUUCGAUUGCGGGCGUAUGA